AUGAAACCAGAAACUUUAGUUAUGAAAAUAAUAGAAGCUAUGGAAACGAAUUCGCCGACUCUAAUAACUUACAACGCUGCAGCUGGUGCAGCUACUGGAGGAAUAUCUGCCGCAGUCAAAGCUGCCAACGCAAAUAAAGCAGCUGCAGUAAAAGAAGCUGAAGAACGUAGACACAAUUUGGUAAUGGAAAGAGAAGCAGCUAAAGCACGAGGAGGUUCGGGAGUAGGAGAUAUUUUAGGGACGGUGAAAGAAUUCGGACAAAGAUUUGGCGAAGAAGCCAAGAAAACCGUUAAAGAGGGAUUAAGCAAAUUAAUAGAUAAUAUCGACACCGGAGAAAUGAAGGUCAAACACAAGGGCAACGCCAAAUUUUUUAAAAACAUACGUUCGGGCGAGGGAAUCUUUCUUUCAAAGUAUAAAGGCAACGGCGUGAUUUUUGUUAGGACAGUAGAUGAUGUAAAAAGUCUUUUUUCAAACCCUAGCCCAGAAUUACCAAAAAGCAUUUCACCAAUCAUUGAUGAAGCGGGUUUGUUGUUCAAUGGUUUUAGAAUAAGAUUUAGGGCAAAUACCCCCGAAUUUAUAAUCGAUACAAAAGAUUACAUAUACACAUUAACGAGAGGAUUAAUAGAUUUAAUGAAUGGCGAGGACGUUGAAAUUGCCGAUUACAAGGAUUUAGCAGCAUACUCAAAAUUUCUACAUGCGAUCAGAAAGACAGGGCCCGAAACAAGAAGAUCGAAAGAAGUUAAACUAUAUAUAAGAGUAAUUGAACAUGAUGAAGACGAUGAAGAUGAUUAUGCAGAAGAUUAUCCACAAAUCACAAAAGAUAUAGACGAAUUCGAAAAUAUGGUGACAUCUGGACAAGGUAUAACGUUUUUAUCCGACAACAAUAAAGAAUUGCUUAAUAGAUUAAAAAUAAUAUUAGCGGCCAUGAAGGAAGGUCAUCGAUCGGGCAGACAAUACAACGAAGUCAAUGGCAUAUUAAAACGACUUUUGGAGAAAAAAAUCAUCACUAAAAAAGACUAUAUAAACGUCAUUACAAAUGUCCAAUAA